AUGUUUGAUGAUAACAUAUCUUCUAUCUCAAUCUCAGAGCCUGGUUCACACAUAGGACGAACUCGGGUUGAUGGGAAAGAGUUUUUCCGACAAGUUAGGCAAAAAAGACAACUAAUCCUGAAAACUUCUUACAAGAAAGACUCUUUUACAUUGUGUAACAGUAUCGACAUCUUGUUAUUGAUUCUUGAUCAGGAGCCGGUUAUCUUACGAACAGUUUGGUGCCUUUCUUAG